UCGUUGCCUAAGAGAAGAUGUUGUAUUGUUGGUCCUCAACAGUCUGAAUUCACAAACGAAAUUUUGCUUUGUGACUAUUACAUUGGGACUAACACAGGACUCAUCAGGAGGUUUAUUCAACCUCUGGACGAUCGGUCUGCGCAUACUGUCACUUUGUGACAAUGCACACCACACGCAGUCCCACGUCCAUUCCCACUGGAGGAGCAGGGGAUGCGCUGGACCUCAGCCUGACCGGAUCUCAGCUCUCAGUGACCAGGAGGCCCAGCAGUGCGUCCCCGGGCAAAUACUUCUCUCGCUCUGUGUCUGUAUCUGUGGCCAGUGAAGGAAGAGGAAAACGUAACACACUGGGCGAUGCUGCGUUCAGUGGCUCCCGCUCCAUCAAGAACCUACGGCGCUCCAACAGCACCACCCAGGUGAACCAGCAAGCCAGUGUCAGCCUGAGUGAGGAGUGCUCGGAGGACUUCCAGGCCCUGUUCGACAGCAGCUCAAACGGCCGCCGCAAACUGGCCAGCCUCAGCAAGGCCUCCCCGGACCGAACCACCUGGAACAUUCUGGAUGACCAGCCACGUGCGUUCCCCCUGCCCAGCAGUUCCCGCAGUGUGGGCAGCAUGGACUCCCCCACCGGCCCGAAGAAGAGGGAGCCGGGCAGCAGUGGCGUCACCCUGGCUGCCAACUUCACCGCCAACAACAGGAGUAACAAGGGUGCAGUAGGCAACUCUGUCACCACCAUCCUGCACAACAACUACUCCGAAAAGCCCCUCACACCAAAGAGCUCCAACCAGAAGCCCUCCUUCAAUAACAUAAUCAAGGCCACGGUGCACGACGAGAGCUCCCUGGAGAACGGUUCCCUUACCAAGUCCCAGAAGAACUUCUCCUCCUCCUCCUCGGCGUCGGCGUCCAACAAUAACGCCCUCCGGAGCCCCUCACAGCCUCGCAGGAGGGAGGUCAGCGAGGAGGAGGCCGAGAGGUACAUCCAGCAGGUCGCCCAGGCGGUAGUGACCAUCCAGCGUUGGUAUCGGCGCCACAUCAAGAGGCGGCAGGCGUCCGAGAUGGCCGUCAGACGCCUGCUCAUCACCAAGAAGAAGGAGCGUGAGCAGAGACUGGAGGAGGAGGGGCCCCCGGAAAAGAGGCGGGAUGAGGACAGGAAACGCAUCAGAGAGGAGAAGGCUCGGCUUGCGCGCCUCACAGCCAUCCAGGAGCUGCAGCAGAAGAGAGCCCAGCGCGUGGCCGAGGUGCAGCAGGCGGCCGAGGAGGAGGUGGAGGCCCUGAGGCGUGCUGGGAAGGUCGGCCGCAAGAAGUCCUCCAAGAGCUCCCCUGCCAACCAGCAGCCUGGCUCCCCCACCGACGUCAAAGCAAAGAACACAGAUUCCAAUGUUAACUUGGUCCCUGAGCUUGAUGACAUCCAAAACCUCAGGGCAGUGUCGCCAGCGUUGUCCGGACGUCGGGAUUCUCAGUGCUCUCAGGAGAUUCUGGAAAGAUCCGUGAGCAUGGAGGACCAAAGGCAGGGGGCGUCUUCGAGCCGAGCCCAGUCCAAGACCACCCUCAACGACCUGCUGGACACCAUUAAGCUCCUGGAGGAGGAACCGGAGAGGCUGUCUGAGCCAAAGAGCUACAGGAAGGAGAAGUACGCCUGGAUAGAUGAGGACGGGGACUCCACGUCUCUGACGGCGGAUAACCUGGAGCUCCACGGUCAGCUGAGCCAGCCUCCUGUCCUGCCUGAUGGGGGCGCCCUGCUGUCCGAGGCCAAGCUGCAGAGCAUCAUGAGCUUCCUGGACGAGAUGGAGAAGUCCGAGCAAGAGCGGCCGCGCUCCGUCACGUCGGGUUCACACAGAGAGGCGCUGCUGUCUGAAGAGGAGCUGGCCGGUGUGGAGCAGGCCUCUGCCACGGCAGCUGAGGUGACGGGCACCAUGAUGAGGCUGAAGAUGGACCUGGAGGAGAAGAGACGCACUGUCAACAUGCUGCAGGCCGCCCUGAAUCAACAGCGUGAGCUGACUAUCCGUCACGUGAAGGAGACGGAGAAGGAGCUGAACCGCUCCAUGCAGCAGCAGAGGGAGCAGUAUGAGGCCACCAUCCAGAGACACCUCAGCUUCAUUGACCAGCUGAUAGACGAUAAGAAGGCCCUGAGUGAGCGCUGUGAGGGGGUGGUGGCUGAGCUCAAGCAGGUGGACCAGAAGUACACCAAGAAGAUCGCCCAGAUGCAGGAGCAGCACGAGAUGGUGUGGCAAAUUCUGGGUCCCUUGUGUGAGGAGAUAAAGAAGCUGAAGGAACUGAUGAGUGCCACAGAGAAAGUCCGCCGUGAGAAGUGGAUCGAUGAAAAAACUAAGAAAAUCAAAGAGAUCACCGUUAAAGGUCUGGAGCCGGAGAUCCAGAAGCUGAUCUCGCGGCACCGUCAGGAGCUGCGUAAGCUGCGCGUGCUCCACGAGGCCGAGCUGCAGCAGGCGGACGAGCGCGCGGCCCAGCGCUACGUGCGUCAGACCGAGGAGCUGCGCCUGCAGCUGGAGAGGGAGCGCGACGAGCAGUGCCAGAGGGAGCGCGAGCUGGCCAAGCAGAGGUUGGAGAAGCAGCUUCAGGAGGAGGAGACGGCUCUCCAGCAGCAGAAGCGACGUCUGUAUAAGGAGGUGGCCGAGGAGAAGGAACGGCUAACUCAGCUGGCCUCCAGGGUGAAGCGUGUGCGUGAUAAGUACGAGGCGGAGCUGCGAGAGCUGGAGCGGUCGGAGCGGUCGGCCCAGGAGAAGCAGCAGGAGCUCAGGAAGAGGCAGGGGGACAUGGAGGCCGAACUACUGCGCCUGCAGGCCCUGCUGCGCCAGAGAGAGCAGGAGAUGCAGGACGUCACUGAGUCUCGGGACAAGCUGUCGGAGGAGCGGCGUAGCCUGGCCGAGGUGAUCCGGCAGGAGUUUGCCGAGCGGCUGGUGCAGACGGAGGAGGACAACCGGCGCAUGAAGACUGAGGUGGCCGAGGUGCGGGCACGCCUGCGUCUGGAGGUCGAGCGCGUCUCCCGUGAGAAGGAGGAGGAGCUGGCCGAGGUGCACCAACGUGUAAAGUCAGCCAUCUUGAAGAAAGAGGAAACUGUCAACAACCUACGCAAACAGCAUGAGGCGGCGGUAAAGAGAGCUGACCACCUGGAGGCAUUGCUGGAGCAACAGCGGAAGCAACUGUUGGGGAAAUAGCACACUGGGCAGGGCCUAUCGCAUAGGCCACGCCCCAAACAUCAUGCAUUCUCCUCCCCCCUCUCCUCAUUGGACGGACAAGUUCUCUCUCCCCUCAUAUGGUUCCACUUGAGCCCAGAGAAGGAACUGACGGACAAAAGACCCCAAGGAAAGAACUCGUCCCAUCAGCCAUUCUGCUGGGCAGAAGGGCUUGCAGGGAACCCAAAGGAACUCUCUAGAAUUAGAACCCUCCAGAAAGACAUAUUUUCUAAAUGAAAAAAGGGGGGAAGAGGACA